AUGGAAGAAAUCGCCGGCUAUCUGCGACAGGAGCGAUCCACUAGAACUCUUGACAAUCGACGCCUUCUUGAUUUCCAACUGGACGAGGAGAAAAACGAGCGCGAGUUGAAGAUGGAACUUGAUCGAGCGGAGCAAAGAACUGUUCAUUACGAAGAAUUGACCGUCAGAAUUGCUCUUUUGGAAAAGCAUCUUGCUGCCGUCAAGGCUCGAGGAGACCAGGCCGAGGAGCGAGGGAACAUCAACGAAGAUCUGCUCGAAGAACAACUCGCUCUUCAAAAACAACGCGAACUUGAGAACAUCGAGCACAGCAGCACAGAAGACAAUCUUUUGGAAGAAGUGCGCCAGAAACGAGAUCUCGUCAAUGCCGCUGAAGACCGAUUUGCUUUUGCCGAGAAAAAACGCGUUGAACUUGAGGCGAUCGCAAAUGCGCUGAAAGAAAAACUUCUUCAAGCACAAAAACAAGCCCAACUGAUUUCGAACUGA